UGUCAUUUGUUGUCACUGCUGUCAGUGACUCAAGUCGCGUCAGCUGCAGGCUGGCUAUUUUAUUUUCGUUUCAGUGUUUUGAAUUUGAUUGGUAUUGUCCUUGUUAUUAGCGUUUGAAGAGAACGAGAAAUAAUUUGCGUUAAGAUCAAACAGGACUGAUCAGAAACAUAGCCAUGAAUUGGAUACUUUUCGUCUUCGUAGUUCUCUACGUGAGUGUUGAAAAUGCUCGACUGACGCAAGGGUAUCAUCAUAACAAUGAACAGGACUGGGAUAUCUUGAUAUUUACGCAGCAAUGGCCAGAGACUGUUUGCAAAGAGUGGAUUCAUAAUAAGCCGUCUCACUCUUGCGUAAUGCCUAAACAACCGGACUCCUGGAGUAUCCACGGUGUCUGGCCGACCAAGUUCGGGACGAAAGGACCUGGUUUCUGCAACCGUACAUGGCUCUUUGACCCUGAACAGGUCAAGCCUAUUGAGACACAGCUAUUAGAGAAGUGGACUAACAUAGAAGGCAAUACUGGAGAGUACUCACUUUGGGCCCAUGAAUGGAACAAACACGGCACAUGCGCUGCCGUUCUAGAGCCACUGAACUCAGAACUCAAGUACUUCUCUCAAGGCCUCUCUUGGGGUGAAACAUACAGCAUGUCCACUAUUUUAGCAAAUUCUGGUAUCAUACCAGAUGAUGAAAAACUAUACACUCUUACAGCCAUCCAUAAUGUUUUGGUUGUAAGUUUGGGAGUUAACCCUUCUAUUCAAUGCAGACAUGAAGACGGUAAAACUUACUUGGUGGAGAUUCGCGUCUGCUUUGACAAAAACCUUACGUUACACGACUGUGAUGGCAUCGACCGCAAUAUAGAUGUUGAAGGCUAUGGCAACAUUAUAAGUAAUUGUAAUCCAGCUGAGGGUAUAUUGUAUCCACACAAUAAAUGGCCACAAAAGAGGAUUUACGUACAGUUAUACAAAUUAGUAUCUUGGGUCCAGUGGCUAACACUGUAAAAUACUUCAAGUAAAUAUAUUUGAAGUGAAUGCAAAUUGAUUUUAAUUGCCAGUGAACAAUAAAUAUUUUGUACAGCUGAUAACAGCACAUACUACAUUUCUAUUUCAAAAACAUCCUUAUUACAACUAUGUAAUACAUAAGUUUUUCGUUUGAAAUGCUGGGCAAUACACGAGAAACAAAUAAUUGUCAGUAUGUAGUAAAUAUUUACAUGAUGGUAGGAUAAAUUCAUGAAAUACUACAUGAUUAAAUUAAUAUAUUGAGUAGUUUCUUUAAUUAUUGUUUGUUAUAAUAUGUAAUUGAAUUUGAAUUUCUAAACCAAUUCUCUUGAUUGAAAAAUAUAUAAUUGAUGGUACAAGCCCUAAUUUAGGUUAUAACAGUAUUUUGUUAGCACAGCUUGUUAUUCAAACACCACUUAUCAUUUGCGUUAUAAAUAAUUUGAUAAGCGAAGUAAUUUAGUUGAAAUAAUAAUUUAUUUGAUAAUUAUAAUUACCUACCACACAAAAGGCUAUCCUCUACUAGUCAUAUACAAUACCUGCCUGAGUCUUGCACAUAAAUAAUAAAAAUAUUUUCCUGUAUACUACAAGUUAUAACGCAGCAUCAAAUACUGUGCCAAAUCCAAUCCAAUCUUCCACCAUGGUGACUCAUAGUUACAGGAGUUUUCAGGACCCAUACAAAAGUUCUUAGCUAUUAUAAUAGCACUUAAAAAAAUGCUCAAAUAAUAAAAAAAAAAUUGCCAUAAUAUUAGAAUAAGAGUUUAUUAGUGCC